AUGAUGCCCUUAACUGGCAAAACAGUAUCAUUUGAUAGCUUUCCCGAUCCUUCGGAUACCUGGGAAAUAACUGAGACUAUCGGCAAAGGAACGUAUGGCAAAGUUUUUAAGGUAUUCAACAAGAAAAAUGGGAGCAAAGCAGCGGUCAAAAUCUUGGAUCCGGUUCACGACAUCGAUGAGGAGAUCGAGGCUGAAUACAACAUCUUGAAAGCGCUCUCUGACCAUCCAAAUGUAGUGAAGUUUUAUGGGCUUUACUACAAAAAGGAUCCGAAGGAUGGGGAUCAGCUCUGGCUGGUGCUGGAGUUAUGCAAUGGAGGUUCUGUGACUGACCUGGUGAAAGGAUUUUUAAAGAGAGGCGAAAGGAUGAGUGAAGUUCUGGUUGCUUACAUUUUACAUGAAGCACUCAUGGGACUUCAGCACUUGCACAAAAACAAAACCAUCCACCGUGAUAUCAAAGGAAAUAAUAUUCUGUUGACCACUGAAGGAGGUGUUAAACUUGUGGAUUUUGGUGUAUCUGCUCAGCUGACCAGUACUCGCCUUCGCCGGAAUACGUCUGUAGGAACUCCCUUUUGGAUGGCACCUGAGGUGAUUGCCUGUGAGCAGCAGCUGGAUAGUUCCUAUGAUGCCAGGUGUGAUGCGUGGUCACUAGGUAUCACCGCUAUAGAGUUAGGGGAUGGAGACCCACCCUUGGCUGAUUUGCAUCCUAUGAGAGCCCUUUUCAAAAUACCAAGAAACCCACCUCCGACCUUACGGCAGCCGGAGCUGUGGUCACCUGAAUUCAAUGACUUUAUCAGCAAGUGCUUGACCAAAGAUUAUGAGAAACGCCCAACAGUGAGUGACCUGUUGCAGCACGAGUUUGUGAAGCAGGUCGAGGGGAAGGAGAACAUCCUGCAAAUGCAGCUGAUGGAAUUCAUUGAUGUUCAUCAGCAAAUGGGAGUCACAGAAAAAGCAAGAUUUGAGCGUAUUCAUACCAAGAAGGGGAAUUAUAACAGGUCUCCUGUGGCAAAUCAGGAAGAUGUAGAUGAUUUGGCAAUGUUGGAAGUACUAGAUGAGAAUACAGUAACAGAGCAACUGCAGAAGAGCUACGCCAGGGACCAGAUAUAUGCCUACGUGGGAGAUAUUCUCAUUGCAAUCAAUCCUUUUCGAAACUUAGACCUUUAUUCUACAAAGCAUUCCAAACUGUACAUCGGGGCCAAACGGACAGCAAAUCCACCUCACAUUUUUGCUAUCGCUGACAUUGCAUACCAGUCCAUGGUCACGUACAACUCAGAUCAGUGUAUUGUCAUUUCUGGAGAAAGUGGAGCAGGGAAGACCCAAAGUGCCCAUCUUCUGGGUCAGCAGCUUACGAUUCUUGGAAGGGCUAAUAACAGGACACUUCAAGAAAAGAUUCUUCAAGUCAAUAAUCUGGUGGAGGCUUUUGGAAAUGCGGGCACUAUAAUUAAUGACAAUUCCAGCAGAUUUGGGAAGUAUCUAGAAAUGAAGUUCACUUCCAGUGGAACAGUUGUGAGUGCUCAGAUUUCAGAGUAUCUCCUAGAAAAGUCCAGAGUCAUCCAUCAAGCUGUAGGUGAGAAGAAUUUCCACAUUUUUUACUACAUCUAUGCUGGUUUGGCAGAGAAGAAGAAACUAGCACAUUAUAAAUUACCAGAAAAUAAGCCUCCCAGGUAUCUGCAGAAUGAACUCCUUAGAACGGUACAAGAUUUUAUGAACAAUAGUUUCUAUAAGUCCCAAUUUGAAUUAAUUGAACAGUGCUUCAAAGUGAUUGGCUUUACGAUGGAGGAACUAGGGAGCGUGUACAGCAUACUUGCUGCCAUUUUAAAUGUGGGCAAUAUUGAAUUCUCAUCAGUGGUAACUGAGCACAUGAUUGACAAGAGCAUCAUUUCCAAUCCUACACCUCUUGAGAACUCUGCUUCCUUGCUGUGCAUUCAGGCAGAUGAAUUGCAAGAAGCUCUCACCUCGCAUUGUGUGGUGGCCCGAGGGGAAACCAUCAUACGCCCCAAUACGAUGGAAAAGGCAACAGACGUAAGGGAUGCCACAGCCAAAGCACUCUAUGGGCGUCUCUUUAGUUGGAUAGUCAACCGUAUCAACGCACUGCUCAAGCCAGAUACAUGUCUAAAUGGAAGUGAUGAGGGACUGAACAUUGGGAUUCUUGAUAUCUUUGGGUUUGAAAACUUCAAGAAAAAUUCUUUUGAGCAGCUCUGCAUCAACAUUGCCAACGAGCAGAUCCAGUUCUACUUCAAUCAGCACGUUUUUGCAUGGGAACAGAAUGAAUACCUGUAUGAAGGCGUUGAUGCCCGAGUUAUUGAGUAUGAGGACAACAGGCCUUUACUGGAUAUGUUCCUCCAGAAACCAAUGGGCUUAUUGUCUCUCCUUGAUGAGGAAAGCCGUUUUCCUCGAGCCACUGAUCAAACACUUGUGGAAAAAUUUGAAGACAACUUGAAGUCAAAAUAUUUCUGGAGGCCAAAGAGAGUAGACUUGGCAUUUGGGAUUUACCAUUAUGCUGGAAAGGUUCUGUAUAACGCCGGCGGAUUCUUAGCUAAAAACAGGGACACCUUGCCAGCCGACAUUGUACUGCUGUUGCGAUCUUCAGAAAAUUAUUUGACCAGGCAGCUGGUAAUCCACCCACUAACAAAAAUAGGUAAUUUGGCACACAGUAAAAGCAAGACUGCGAUAAACUACCAGAUGUGGACUCCUCAGAAAUCCAUCAGCCAAACUAAGCUGGAUAUCUUUGUGUUGUGCAAUUCGUAUUCCUUCCGUGAGAGUGAGCCUGAAGAUACCACACAUCACCCUCGAGAAACAACCAAUAUGAAAACACAGACAGUUGCUUCAUAUUUUAGAUAUUCACUAAUGGAUUUAUUAUCUAAGAUGGUGGUUGGCCAACCUCACUUUGUCCGUUGCAUUAAGCCAAACAAUGAUCGACAGGCAAACAAGUAUGACAAGGAGAAGGUAUUGGUACAGCUGCGCUACACUGGAAUUCUUGAAACCGCACGAAUUCGGAGACAGGGUUAUUCUCAUCGUAUUCUCUUUGCUAACUUCAUAAAACGAUAUUAUAUCCUGUGUUACAAAUCGAGUGACAACCCUCCCGUAAGCCCUGAAACGUGUGCGGCCAUCUUGGAAAAAGCCCAGCUUGAUAACUGGAUACUUGGGAAAACUAAGGUGUUCCUCAAAUAUUACCAUGUGGAGCAGCUAAAUUUAAUGCAGAAGGAGACAAUCAACAGGAUUGUUCUGAUUCAAGCAUAUGUCAGAGGGUGGCUUGGUUCAAAGAGAUACAAAAAGCUAAAGGAGAAAAGAGAAGAAAGUGCAGUCAAAAUACAAUCAGCUUACAGGGGUUAUGCUGCUCGUAAAGACUACACCUAUGCCAUGAAUGAAUCGAAAAUGGAAAUGCGUCUCACCAGACUUCAGGCUGUUGGAAGAGGAUACUUAAUCAGGAAGAAAGUUAAAGAAAUAAAGGAUGCAAAUAACAAAGCUGCAACAACAAUCCAAUCACAUUACAGGGGGUUCAAGGAGAGGAAGAGCUUCAAGAGGAAAAGGGAAUCAUUUCUCAAGAAGGAACAGGCUGGAAUAGCAGCUGCUGAGAGUGAAAAGAAAAAAGAUGAACCAAAAGCAGAAGUGGGUGCAGCUAUUGAGCAGAUUUCUCCAGAGGUUGAGGGCAGUACAGCUGUUGAUCAGAGCUCUUCUCCAGAGGCUGGGGACAGUUCAGCUGUAGAGCAGAGCUCUUCUCCUCAAACUGAAGAGGAAGCUGCUAUUAUCCUUCAGUGUAACUACCGGGGUUACAGAGAACGUAAAAAGGUGAAAGAAGAGUGCAAGAAAAAGGCAGAGAAGCAGCCAUCCACAAAGCAAAGCUUCAAAGAAGCCAAAAAGAGCAUUCAGAAUAAAGUACAGGGUGCAGAUCAAAAUGAUGCUGCUGCUGCCCAUGUUCCAAGCAUCUCCCAUGAUAACUUGGACAGGAAGACAUCUGUGGAAGACAAAGAGAUACUCCCCCCAACAGGAAAGUCAUCAAUGAAACAAAAGCCUCCAAGAGAGCUUUCAGAGGAAGACAAAAACCAGGCCAAUUCAAGUCACCUGCCUCAGAAAGCAUCCAUCAAAAAGGCAAACCAAUUGAGCAAACAGAUACCUCUGGAGAUAAGUGGCACAGAUGAGAAAACCCAUGCUGCCAUUGUUACCCAAGACAGCCACAUGGAAAGAGGUUCUCUGAAACAUGGCAGGAUAAUUCCCUGUGAAAACAAAGGCUGUGUAAGGAAAGGCUCCAUGAGGGGCUCUCAGAAACAUACUGAAGCCAGCAAGCAAAGCUUGGCAGACAAAGAGAAGGCAGCGUUAGUCAUUCAGAGUAAUUACCGAGGGUACCGGAAAAGAGGGCAGCUCAAAAAAGAAGGGAAAUUGCCUUGUGGAAACCAAGAGGGAAAAGGAGGAGGGCACAGUCAGAAUCUUGGUUCUAAAUCGGUGAAAGAGAGGCGAAGCUCCAGUGCUCACGCAGAAGGCCAUAAGAAUAUUUUAAAAGAUGGUGCCGAGAAAGAGAAGUCUGAUUUGGCAGCCUUCUCAAGGCAGAUAUCCAAAUUAUCAGAGGACUAUUUGCUGCUGCAGCAGAAGCUGAACGAAAUGAUCUUAUCACACCAGCUGAGGCCUGUGAAGCUCUCCAAAGAAAAGCAAAUGAACGGCCACCUUUCUCCUCAUGUGCAUCAACCAGUUGCCUCCAGAGCAGAGGACAACCGCCCUAUACAGAGAACCCCAAGAAGACCUCAGAAACCCAAGACAUUAAACAACCCUGAGGAUUCUACAUAUUACACAUUGCUACAUAAAUCAGUCCUAGAGGAAAAACGGAAACCGAGAAAAAACAGUCUGGGCAAGGUCCUGGAUGUUGAUGAUCCCUACUACCAAGAGCUUUCAUCCAUGGAUUCCACCUCAAAUGACAGUAAUUCCAGCACACGAGGGAACCCACCAAGAGACCCAAAGAGUGCUACAUUGAGGGUUAAUGAAGGGCCAAGGGUCACUGGGAGCCCCUUGGAAGAGAACAAAGGCAAGGAUAAUCCUUACGACUACCAGAAACUGCUAAGGAAAACUUCUCAACGUCGGCGCCUUAUCCAGCAAUACUAG